AUCCUGGCCAUGCCACCGCGCGUCGUCCCGCCCCCCGCCGCGCAAGCGGCUUCUCCUUCCCCCAUCUACCCUCUUACUCUAUUGCAAGAGUAUGCCCAGACUCUUUCCGCCCUCCCCAUCGAGCUUUCCCGCAACUUUGCCGACCUACGGGAGCUCGACGCUGUGCUGUCCGCCUCACAGACCACGCUCAUAGAGAAAAUCACGGCCCUGACGACGAUGAUCGAGAAUGGGACCGGCCCGCACGAGCAGAGAAUGUGGAUGCUGGGCGAAAUAGCGGAGGAGGCCACCCGACUUCGGCUGGGUGGGGAGGACAAAAUACGAGUCGCUUGCACGGCAGCCGACAACCUGAGGGGGCACCACACGUACCUCAGACAGCUCGCGGAAAGCAUCCCCGGGUUCGAUGCAACGUCGUUGAAUAGACACACCACCUACCCCCAUGUCGCAACAAAACCGUUUAUGCCCGCAACGGCCCUCGAAUUCGGCAGACGGCGGAGAGGCGUGUUUUCUGCCCUGUCCAGCGCGGUCGAUCCCAGUCCAGCCAAGCGGAAGCGCAAUACAGGGCCCAGGGACGAUGAUUUCGACCACCGCUCACCAAGAAAGGGUGAGCGAGCACGGGGAGGAGCUCGAAAAAAAGUGGAACGUGCGGCAUCACCAACAGAGUCCCUUGUUUCUGUCACUUCCCAUCUCCCACCAAAUGGCCGAAUUCCUUCACGCGCAACCAAUGGAGCGGGAAAGCGGUCUCGCCCCAGCGCCAACCGUGUUGGAAGCAACCAACCAGCCGAGUACUACGCAGACCAGCAGCAGCCGCAAGUCAAUGGCAAUGGAUCACGUCGCGGCGACUUCAAUGUCCCACCUACUGCCGGCCAUCCUUCUCUUGCCUCUUACCAAAAUGGGAACGGCAGCUCCUAUGCGCAAAUGAAUGGAAAUGGGACCCCUCCAGUGCAGGAUUGGAAUCCACCACAUCCACAAACUCUCGAAGGGCCAGGAAUUCCCCGGGCCAUUUCCCACCAACCGCUACCGCCCGACAACAACGCGCCGCCAGACGGUACAGACGGGGACGGAGACAACGACGAUGGCAAGGUCUACUGCGUCUGCCAACGCCAGAGCUUUGGAGAGAUGAUUGCGUGUGAUGGACGGAACUGUCGAUGGGAAUGGUUCCAUCUGGCGUGUAUCGGUAUGACCACGACCCCCGACGGAAGCUGGUUCUGCGAUGACUGCAAGUCCAAGGGCGUCACGAACAGCAAGCGCUCGCAGAGGGGCGCUGGCGGGCGGAGAAAAGCUUCGGGGAGGGCAACGCGCGCAUAG